GGACGUUAUGUCAAAGAUAAUGCUCUGCUCCGCGAGGUCACAGUAAAGUCGAGUCGAGGCUCGUCUGCUGUUACACGCUAUUACUAACUCACAAUAUUAUAUAUUGCUCUAUGCCGAGAAUGUUGGAACUUCAUUUGGGAUACCACCUUGUCUGCACGCUGCGACAGCGAUUCACCAUAGUCCGAACACCCACUGGCAGUUCAACUUGAAGUUGUGUCACAUGCCCGCAGACAAGAACCAGACGUUCUCAGAUCUCACUUUCAAGUUCUUCGACCCAGCUUCAAACGGUUUGGUUGCCGGGAUCGCCGCGCCUCCCAAACCCAAGAGACCAAAAAAACCCCUCAAAAUUUUAGAGAGAGGCGGGUUUCUGCAUUAUGUCCCUAAUGUUUCCGAGCCAGGCUCGAGUGAUGGUCAUGGUAGCCUGCCAGAGCCGUCAUAUGCUCACCCACUGACAUACCAACUUGCAUCGUUCCAACCUCCUCCACCUCCACCUCCACCUCCAUCUCCACCUUCACCUCUACCACCACCACCACCACCACUACCACCUUCACCUCUACCACCACCACCAUCAUCUUUACCUCUACCACCACCACCAUCGCCACCACCAUCACCGCCUCCACCGGAGUCUAGCACGGAGUUAGAUGACCAACCAUCUCGAGACCUCGCUGGUUCACCCAUCAUCGGCCGUUUGCACGCAAUCCCGAACUGGGACGCCACAAGCACUUACAGCGCAGAGUCAGAUGACGAACUUGAAUCGUCUCUGAUGGACGUGGAGUGGGGCAACUUGGAGGACAACCAUCGAAAGUUAAACCCUGUGUGGCCUGAGAGUAUUGCACAAUCGCUCCCCCCCAAACUCCGAACGUGUCUGCUCUCACGUCCAGUUUGCGCUCAGCGCCUACAAGGCAGCCAAAGUCAAGCUCAAUCACGUGGGAAUGAUGAGAGAGUUCACUCCAAUCACUCCAUCAGCGAUCAAUCUUCCCUUUUUGGCGACGACGAGACAGGCCACACCAUCGGCGGAAAGUCUUCCCUUUUGGGGGGCUCGGAUGAGACGAACCGCACCAUCAACAAAACGCCGAUACCUGCAAGUUUGCCGCGGGACCGCACAGUGUUGCCUAAUGUCGGAUUGCAGCCUCCUGCAGGGCAGCAUUAUACUUGGACUCCCUCUAAUGUCGGGCUACAGCAUCCCGGGGUCCAGCAUGAUGCUCGGAUGUCCUCUAGUGUCGGGUUCCAGCCUCCUACGGGGCGGCAUCAUGCUUGGAUACCCUCUACUACCGGGAUGCAACAUCCCGGGGUCCAGCAUGAUACUCGGAUGCCCUCCAAUGUCGGGCUACAGCAUCCUGGGGUCCAGCAUGAUACUCGGGUGCCCUAUAGUGUCGGGGUCCAACCUCCUGCGGGGCAGCAUCAUGUUCGCACUCCCUCUGAUAUCGGGCUACAGCAUCCCAAGGUCCAGCAUGAUGCUCGGAUGCCCUCUGGCGUCGCGUUCCAGCCUCUCGCUGGGUGGCAUAAUCAUCGGAUGCCGCCGGCCGCCGGCAUGAUCAUAUUGCUGCCUUCAAACAUGACAUAUCCCCAUGCCACGUUUCCGCGAAACACUCAAGUAUAUCCAUCUGCCAAUGCUUCCACAGCCUCACCCCCGAGCACGUCAUCGCGCAGGCAUGGUGCAUGCAUACUGGGGACGAAGAAGGGCCGAAAAUGA